CAACCUAGUAACUCGAGACCUUGGUGCCUUGUGGUGUUGAGGGAGCAUUGCGGAGAGCGGUUGGCAUAGAUCGGUCUUCAAAUGGAGUCGUCGGCAGUUGAUCUGCCCUCUGCUCUUCUCAUCCUUGUCAGCGUGCUGGUUGCGUUGUACAUUCCGUCGUUGAUCUCGUACGUGCGAGCAUGGUAUAUGCUUCGGCGAAUCCCGGCUCCACCGUUGGACGGUGUUUUGUCGGGGCAUGCUCCCUCGCUGACGACUCUCAAGCGCCACAAGUACGAGCAGCAAUGUAUCGAGGGUCUUGGUACAGUGUACAGGCUUCGAGUGUACCACAAGCACCGUGUGGUGGUCGCAGACCCCACUCUUCUCCAAGAGAUCUUUGCCGCAGAAAGGGCAGGGGCUGUUGAGAAGCCAGACGAACUGCCAUUUCCUGUUGGCCAUGGCAAGCCAGAGUACAACGUGUUCAGCGAUAAGACCUCCUCGCCCUUGUGGAAGCUGGUCAGGAAGGGCACUGCGCCAGCCUUCCAGGCGGUGAACAUGAGGCAGUUCCACAACCAUGUGGUGGCGGUGGUGAAUCGCCUAGUUGAGGGGGUCAAGGCCAAGGGCUCCGGAGCAGUCGUGGACUUUGCCGACAUCGGACAGAGGGAGUCGUUUGAUGUGAUCGGCAUGGUGGGUUUCGGGAAGGACUUCAGGGCCAGCCGGAACAUCGAUGACAAGACGUCCAAUACCUUUGCGCUACUCACCGGCUUCCUGCAGGAGGCAGUCCUGCGCUCUGGCAACCCCAUGCGCAAAUACUGGCGCAGCAAGGCAGUGAUAGCGGCGGAGAAGAAUGCGCAGAGGUUGGCGGACUUACUGGAGGAGUUGGUGGCGGAUUGUCAGAAGCGCGAGCCGGGGGCCGGGGAUGACAAGAGCAUAUCCGGGCACCUGCUGCGGCUGCGCGACGGCGCGGGGCGGCCGCUGCAAUUCAGGCGCCUUGUGCAGGAGUUCUUCAUCUUCUUCCUGGCCGGCUCUGAGACCACAGGCCACACCAUCGCAUGGACUCUGUACUUUCUGGCAAAGAACCCACAGGCGAUGGCCAAGCUUGAGGCUGAGCUGGCGGAGGCUGGCCUGCUGGUCACGCCCACCAACCCAACCCCGCGUGCGUUCACCUUUGCCGACAUCGGCAAGCUGCCCUACCUGGACCGCGUCAUUAAGGAGUCGAUGCGGCUGCAGCCGGUGGCGGCCUCGCCGCUGACGCGCGUGGCGGUGCGCGACCUGCGCCUGUCCGACGGCACUGUCAUCCCCGCCGGCGUCAUCAUAGAAACUGCACAGUACACGCCCAUGCGCGACGAGCGCUGGGGCUGGCACCGCGGCAGCGACUUCCUGCCGGAGCGCUGGGAGGAAGCAGACAUGGAGUACCAGGUCCGCAGCGCGCCGGCAGCCGCGAGUUCACAGAACGGCAAGUUGCAUGGGCAGAAUUCAGAUGAUGACCUGGAGAUUGAUGCUCAGUCUGUCAGCGAGCACAAGGUGCGGAGGUUCAAUCCAUUCGGCCAGGCGUUGCGCAACUGCCUGGGGCAGCAGCUGGCGCGCAUGAAUAUCCCUACGGCCAUCGCCAUGUUCGUGUCCAACUUCAAACUUGAAUUGACUCUAGAGGAUGCCAACAAGUCAAUUGACGAGCUGGAAAUCUUGAAGGGAACCUUGCAGCCAGACAAUGGCAUUCACAUGAUUUGCACGCCGCGUACGUGCAAUGAGGAGUAA